GAGUGUUGUUUGUUUAUAAAGGUGUUUUUUGUUUGCCCAAAUUAAGGUUUACGACUUUCAAAAAGGCAUUUUGUCGGCUGAUUCUGCUUUCUCUGAGGCUUGUCAUCGAUCCCUAGAAGCUAACGAAGAUGGUUCUUCAAAACGAUAUUGAUCUGCUAAACCCACCAGCUGAGCUUGAGAAGAGGAAGCACAAGCUCAAGCGUCUUGUUCAGUCCCCUAAUUCAUUUUUCAUGGAUGUGAAGUGCCAAGGCUGCUUUAACAUUACGACGGUGUUCAGCCACUCGCAGACGGUUGUGGUAUGUGGAAACUGCCAGACUGUGUUGUGCCAACCCACAGGAGGAAAGGCUAGGCUCACUGAAGGUUGCUCUUUCAGGAAAAAGUGAACAAGAUUGCUCUCCACUCCCUCUUAGCCAGCCACAUCUUUUUGUUUUAGUUUCUUCUUCCUUUGUAGUUCUCCUUUAUUGAUUUUUGGAUGAUUUUUUUUGAGCUAGUAAAACCUUAUGUGUUCAUGACUUGAGUUUAAAAGCAUUUGAUCUUGGAGUUGAAUAAA